AUGCUCUCUUCUAUUUUGAAAUCCUCUCGAUCAAUUCACAGUCGUAUAAGGAUGAAUAAACUUAUUACCUUUUUCCAGUCGGCUUUCACAUCUCGUUCAUCCUUUGUACAGCAUCCACAACCUUCUUUAAACAAUUUUCGACCCAACAAUCCUUUCGAACAAUCCGUAAAGCCGCCAUUACCUGAACAAACGAUCUCGAUACCUGAAAUUUCAUCACAAAAUCCAUGUCUUACUUGUCAAUCUCCAUGCUCAACACAUCUUUCCUAUCCAUCAGAGUUAAAGAUAGAUCAUGAAUUGCCAUUAAAAAAUACGGUUCAACCGUAUGUUAGGCAUGUGGUUAUCUGCACUGGUAAAAAGGAUUGGGAAAAGGUGAUUGAAUUAGAGAAAGGUAGUCUUUCUUCGGAAUUAUUUAACUUGAAUGCCGUUGAUUCACCCGUUAUAAAGAAGGAACCUCCCUUGAAAACAAUAAGUACGCAAAAGAAAGCCAAGAAAGAAAAGAUUUUAAUUACAAACAGUAGCUGUCCGUCAUCUUUUUCUUUAUUUAACCGGGGAAAUGACGUACUUUUGUUCCCGGACAAUUUAUUGAUUUCUAAAGUUUCCACUCAAAAGGCGAAAGAAUUCUAUAACCUUUUUCUCUCGAGUGAAAAACGAGAGACUCAAGAUGAAAGUGAGGGUGAAGAAAAAUUUGAAACUAUGUUGAUUCCUUAUAAAUCAGUGAUAUUAAUAUGUGGUCAUAAGAGAAGAGAUAUUAGAUGUGGAGUAGCUGGACCAAUGCUAAAGGAUGAAUUUGACAAAGUCUUAGAAGACAUGAAGUUGGAUAUACAGAGCAGUGGGAACAAGGGUGUGGCAGUGUAUUUGUCAAGUCAUGUAGGAGGUCAUCAUUUUGCCGGAAACGUGAUUGUUUAUCGCGAUGGUCAAGGAAUCUGGUAUGGCCGAGUGACCCCAUGUCAUGUUCGAAUGAUCGUAGAGAAAACGGUAAUGGAAGGGAAGGUCAUUAAAGAACUGUAUCGUGGAUCAAUGCUAGGAAGUUUUUCGAAAGGUGAUGAAGGCCAAGCUGGAAAAUUAGAUUGGUAA